AUCGCCUCUUCGCGCGCAUACCUUUGAAUUCGCAUCCUUCGCUGUCAUCGCUGCUCUUUGUUUCAAGAACUAAGACACGCCGGAAUCCCGCGAGCGAGAAACUUAUCAUGGAUUGAGUGGUACAAGCUCUGAAGGACAAUGGCGCCCAAGUUUUAUUGCGUCUUGAGGAAUUGCGCCACAAAGGAAGGCGACAAAGUUGUGUUUCACCACUUCCCAUCCAACGACGGUCAGAGGCAACUGUGGACCGAGUUCGUGCAGGCCGUCGAAGGCAGCAGUUGGAGGCCGGAUAAGCGCAGUCAGGUGUGCUCGCAGCACUUCUCGUCGGACUGUUACAUGUACAACAUGCAGUACUGCGAAGACUUUGGUCUGAAGACGAGGCGAAACUACCUCAAGAAAGGUUCUGUGCCGACUUUGUACCCACCCGGUACAGUAUUCUACUCUGCAUCGCGCAGGUGUCCGAAAACGGAGAAUGGCACAGCUGUCGGGAUCAUGCCUCCAGGCUCCUCGAUCCGUGGACGUUGUGUUCACAUGUGUGGUGAACCAAGCUCAGGCUUACCACAUCGUAACUUCUCAAUAAUGGUGAAUGCGGCCACGGCCAUGGUAGCUCUUCCAGUGGGGCAGUGCAGUGCCACCGCCCAGUGCUCGCCGCCAGUGGCUGUAAAAUCAACACAGGACGUCCUGAGCAAGAGAAGCAGGGCCAUUGGAGUACAAGUGGAAGUGAAAACAGAAGCUGAAGAGAGUGCCGAAAGCAGCCUUGAGGAUGAUAGCCAACCGUAAAUGAACACCUGUCUUCUGGACCUAGUGUCUUCAAGGCACUGACCAUUAUGCCUC